AGCUCUACAGGACCCGAGACACUCGCGGGCGUCUUGAAAGGGAGGAAUUCGGCUGGCUCCGCGCUUGGACUGUCCGAAGCAAAUGUGCAAUACAUUCGCGAAAAGGCGCAAAGACAAGCGGCAGGCAUGUGCCUUGUCAAGAGCUGGUUUCAGAAGGAUUGCUGGGCCACCAAAGCCGUCAGCUCGUUGAAGCGAAGACGACUGGGCAGCGCACUAUGGUCGGUUCAGAGAUUCGCACACGAAUAUGUAUAGAAACGCCAAAUAGUCCCCCUCACUUUGAGUUCGCCGCAACAAAAAGCGAGUAAUGCGUAUACACAGCUCCUUCACAUCAGCCCCGCCUCUCGUUUUUCAGCGGCUGUCAACGCGAGAUAUGCAGCGCUCCCACGAAUUACUCGCAGCUAGCUACGAACCGCUGGGCGAUGAAGAUGUCGAAGAAAGGCACAACAAGACACGUCGGUGGCAUAGCCGAAUGUGCGGGGGGGGCUCGGGCGCUCGCAGUCAUUUUCACUCUUACCCUCGUCUCAGUCAUCAGCACUGCGCACGUCUUUUGGAUCCCAUCCCCUACGCACUCGUCGACUAUAUCGUCCAAAGCUGGCUUGGAGGCCUUGUCAUCCGCCAAAGACGAGGGGGGGAACCAUGUAAAUCUUUCAAUUUCCUCUCGCAACGCCUAAGUCACGUAUGCCACGGAUGCGAACGCACUCUGCAACACGCUCAUAGCACACGACACGCUUCUACAGACCCAUCCACGCACAGAUAUCGACCGAGUGGUGACCGUGCCAACGAAUUUGCCGCUCGGACGGUAUCAGCAAAGACUUGGACAACUCGGAGUCGUCGUACACAGGCAUGACCUUCUCGCUCGCCCAUCCUUCUCUACUUGGUCCCACUCACUUACAAAAUUGAGCAUUUUUCAGCUCGAAGGAAUCUACGA